UGAAAGUUCUUAUCUUUUAAUUUAUAAGCCACAACCACUUAUCCACGAGAGUGAGAAAGAGGAAAAUGGCAGCAUCUUUAUUUCCUUCACUACUAUCAACUCCUCACGAAAUAUCGUCUUCCAUUCCUCACCUCCGACGGAUUGUUCUUCCAAAAUCAUCAAACAUCAAGUCCUUUACUCCUCUCUCCUCCUCCUCCUCUUCUUCUUCUUCUGAUACUCUUUCAGUGGAAUCUGAAUCACCAAUCAACAUAGAAGAUGACUUGUUACCCCCAGCCAACAGAGUCGGGGGUUGUAAAGGGUGUGGGAGAGAAGAAAUAGAGAAAGGAUGUAAUGGUGAUGGAAGAAUUCAAGGGGGUAUUGCGACAGUUCCAGGCUUUGGUUGGUGGCCUAUCAAAGCAUACAGGCCUUGUCCUGGAUUCGUAUCUUCUGGAGGUAGAUAUCAAAGACAAGGACAAACCAUGGAUGAUGUUGUUUCUGGAUCAGCAAGAGGAACUAGCAAAUCUGCUUCUGCUUCAACAACAAGCAAGAAAAAGAAUGGUAAAAACAGAUUCAAGAAGAAGACAGGAUCAUCAUCAUAAUUAUCCUCAGUUGGUCAAAAUUCUAUGUUGUUUAGGAACAUAAACUGGGUUUGUUUGUAAUCUUUCUCUCAUACAAAAACUUAUUGCUGCAGAAAAAAAGAACAAAUUACAGGUGAUGUUUGAGGAUGUUGAAUUUUUC